CAAACGUGUUGUGAAUCACGAAAUGAAACAAUAAAAUUUAAUUAAAAUAGCUGUUCAUUCACAAAACUUGUUAUAAAAUGGGAUUUCUAACCAUAUUGAAGAAGCUUCGCCAGAAGGAGAAAGAAAUGCGAAUACUUAUGUUAGGACUGGAUAACGCGGGUAAGACAACGAUCCUGAAAAGGUUUAACGGGGAGCCGAUCGACACGAUCUCGCCGACGCUGGGGUUCAACAUCAAGACGCUGGAGCACCGCGGCUACAAGCUUAACAUCUGGGACGUCGGCGGCCAAAAGUCGCUCAGAUCCUAUUGGAAGAAUUACUUUGAGAGCACAGAUGGUGUGGCAUGGGUAGUGGACAGUGCGGACACGAGGCGGCUGGAAGGCUGUGCGAAGGAGCUGCGGGCGCUGCUGCAGGAGGAGCGGCUCGCCGGAGCUACGCUGCUGGUGCUGGCCAACAAGGCUGACCUGCCAGGAGCACUUACUUUGCAGGAGAUCAGAGAGGCCCUGGACCUCGACAGCAUCAAGUCGCACCACUGGCGGAUCGUGCGCUGCUCGGCCGUCACUGGCGAGAACCUGCUUGAAGGCAUCGACUGGAUGCUGGACGACAUCGCCUCCCGGAUAUUCUCAUUAGACUAGACUUUUUAUACUCUAGCUGUUACUACUCAAAUAAUUCCAGUUGAUGUUUUUAUGGAAUGCAGAAGGAAAUUUAGAUGUACUACGUAGCAGUCAAUGAGAAUCUUAUUGGUUUGAUAUAAGAUCUAAAUUAUGUAAAAAUAAUUCUCUAUUGUCAGAUAUAACUAACAUUUUGUAGCUAUUUUGGAUCAACUUCAACCAUUAGGGUACAGCGGGGCAAAUCUCGACUGGAGGGCAAUUGUAACUAGUCCAUUCUUUCCAUUAUUACACUAUAAUGUUGAGUUCUACAUGUAUCCACUGAACGCACCUAUCUAACCGGUGGACACUAUUUAAUAAUGCAAACAUUGUAAAAUAUGAAAAAAAUGGACCAGUUACAUUUGCCCCCCAGUCUAGAUUUGCCCCGCUGUACCUUAUUUGCUAUUAUUGUAGCUUGUAUAGAAAUAUUAUAUUCUUACUGUAAGGCGGUUUUUAUAUCAGAGAUGUGCAAUGAGGAAGCCAGAACUAAGCUAAGUGACGAUACGUAACAGAAGUGCCGCUCACUAAUACUUAUCUUGCCACAACUCUGGCGGGAAUGCAGUCUAAGGGUAGAAAAAGUAACGCUUCACACACAAUACAAUUAUAAAGUCGAAGACUGUUCAAAGUAGCUUUCAAUAUUUAUAUCACUCAGUCAGCUCAGUCAAGGCCUGCGUUUGUCUAUGUAUGGGUAAAAAGAUUGUAGCGUAGUAUUAUUAUAACAAUGAAUUACUAGGCUUAAUAAUUGUAAUACGCUUCUCGAACAUUAUCU